ACGCAUCACUCAACCACUCGCUGCCCUCGGUGGCUCCAUUUUCUAGCUAGCGUUAAACUUUCGUUGUUCCACCUUUUAUCGUUGAUUUUUCUUUUCAUUUUUGGGGUUAACAGACGAUUGUUUCAAGAUGGGAGGCGGCGAUCUGAACCUGAAAAAGAGCUGGCACCCCCAGACUAUGAAAAACAUCGAGCGAGUCUGGAAAGCUGAGCAGAAAUAUGAGGCUGAACGCAAGAAGAUCGAGGAGCUCCAGAAAGAGUUGAAAGAUGAACGAGCGCGAGAAGAAAUGACAAAAUACGCAGAGGAAACGGGUGCCAUCAAAAAAAAGGACGAUCGCCUCGACUGGAUGUACCAGGGCCCUGCCGGUCAGGUGUCCAGAGAUGAGUAUCUGCUGGGGCGCCCCAUUGACAAGCAGAUCACAGACCAGUUCGAGGAGCCAGAGAGCGGGCCAUCAGCUGAGACUGGCCUCCUACCCGGGUCCAUCUUCAGCACCAACACUCCUGCCUCCAGCCUCGACCUCGCUGCCAAGAUCAGGGAAGAUCCCUUGUUCCAAAUCAGGAAGCGUGAGGAAGAGAAGAAGAGAGAAGUCUUGACUAAUCCAGUGAAGAUGAAGAAAAUCAAAGAAAUGCUUCGCCAAAAUCUCGACAAGAAGGACAAGAAAAAGAAGAGGAAGAAGGAAAAGAAGGAGAAGAAAGACGACAAAGAGAGGAGGAAGGACAAGAAGCACAAGAAGAGAAGUUCAAGUUCAAGUUCAGAUGAAGAUGAAAAAAAACACAGGUCUCAAUCACGAGAUGAAACCUUAACGGACACCAAGUCGCGUUCUCAUCAUAUUUCAGGCUACGGCCUACAGCUCCCUGCUGGCAGACAUCAGCACUCCUCAGAGUCGUCCAAUCACUCAGGACGCCGUGACAGGAGCAGAUCCCGAUCACCCCACAAAAACCACAGAGACGGUCGCUCCUACACUUCCUCCUCACACAGAGGAGACAAGAAGGUGGAACCCAGACCUGCGAGUCCAAAGAGGGACCGUUACCACCGACAGAGGAACCCCGUGACCAAGAAGCUUUCUGCGGACGAACUGGAGCGAAAGAGGCGUGAGAUGAUGGAACAGGCCAAGCAGAGGGAAGAGGACAGGGAGAAUAAUGUGAAGAGAUAUAAGAGGCAAGAUGAGCAGGAAAAGCAGAGGGAUCAAAAUGUCAAGCAUGAACGCCAUGCUGGCUUCAUCCACAACAUGAAGCUGGAGAGUGCUGCAAGCUCUUCUUUAGAGGACAGAGUGAAGAGGAACAUCCACUCCAUUCAGAGGACGGCAGCCUCUCUGGACAACUUCAUGAAGAGAUGAAGACACAGGAUGUUUGCACCGGACUUGAUAAACAGACUGAAAACACUUGCAAAGACUGGUCCAUGCACCCCUUUAUCUGUCUAUUUAAUGUACUACUUCAGAAGGAUGGUUAGAAACAAACAACCCCAUCCAAGGACCAUCCCAGUGUUUGUAAAAGUAGAUUCCACAAUAUAAUUGACAAUUCAAACCAAUUCAGCUCAGGCUAACCUGUCCAGCUUUCAUUAAAACUGAUAUUAUAAGGUGUAACUGGUCACAACUUUGUACAUUAUGUUGAUUUAGUUUUUACACAAGGAUGAGAUUUUUUUUUUUUUUAUCCCAGAUGUGUUUGUUGUAUACUGUAUGUUUAUUUUUGAGCGUAUCAUUGUGAAUAUAGACUGGUAUAAAAACUCAA